AGCACAGCAGUCAGAUAGCUAUUUAAAGCUAUAUAAACUACAUGUUUUGUUUAUUUAGGCAAAGUAUUAUGAAAAAAUGUGCAUGCACAUUAAAGCAUGCAAAAAAUCGCACCCUUUACGCACGCAUUUUCAUUUUCCCUCUGGGCUAAGCCCCGGAUGUUCAUGAAACCCAGAAACGUGCCAUCGACUAAAGACAAGCGCAUCAUCAGAAAUUCAAGGCACACCUUCAAGCCCGAAGCCUGAUAUGCGUUAAGUUAUUGUUAUUACACGAACAGCAACGUACACCCCCCCUUAAAAAAGGCCUAUUUUCUUCCAAUGUGUCACCAAGAAAAAAAGCUAUAGAAACACACCAUCUUACUUUGCCUUUGGAUUUGUUGCCUUACAUAGGCUAUUCUUUUUUUUAAUUGGCUACUACAGAAACAUUAAUCAUUUUGCACCACUUUGUUAUUACACAAAUAGGUUACCGCACAUUUUGCGUGGUAGUGUUGUUGAUUUUGUAAAUAGGAAUUGAAAGUGAAACCAAGUUCAAUUUCGUUUUCCCUCCCUCUGAUAGACGACAGUAUAAACAAUAAAGACUAGGCUAUAUAUUACAUCAUCAGCCACACGUAUUCACUACACGAACAACAACGUACACCCCCCUUAAAAAAGGCCUAUUUUCUUCCAAUGUGUCACCCAGAAAAAAAGCUAUAGAAUCACACCAUCUUACUUUGCCUUUGGAUUUGUUGCCUUACAUAGGCUAUUAAUUUUUUUAAUUGGCUACUACAGAAACAUUAAUUAUUUUGCACAACUUUGUUAUUACACAAAUAGGUUACCGCACAUUUUGCGUGGAAGUGUUGUUGAUUUUGUAAAUAGGAAUUGAAAGUGAAACCAUGUCAAUUUCGUUUUCCCUCCCGUUUUGAUUGUUAUAAUAGUUUCUAUGAAAAUGUCUUAAAGAUAAUGAGAUAAGUGAUAAGAUAUAAAUAAAUAAGACAUGUGUAAGUAAGUAAGAUAAGUGAAAGACAAUAAAUGCAUGGUGUGGGUCCGGGGAAAUGCUAAGUUUCGUUUUCCAGACCUCAUAGAUAAGGCAGUAUAAAACACCGUGGCAGGACUGACCGAAAUAUAUCCAACAUAGACUACCGAGCCGUCGUGAUACUUUUAUGCCUACUGCAUUCCCGAAGAUAUUCUAUCGAUCAGCCGCGAUAUGUCUAGGCCUACAGACUGGAACCCGUCCUUGUGGAAAGAUUGCUUUGAAGGGCUGUUAGAUCAGGAGCUGGAUCAUGGAGAUGAGUGGACUCUGGGCUUCAACUACAGACAGACGGACGAAGUGAGCAUGCAGGAGCGCAAGAGAGAUUGGAAGGUUGGCAAACUAUGCGCCUACGGAGGUUUUCGAUGUGGUCGUUGCUCCAAGACUUGGUGGUCGGCCAAGGUCACGUUGGUGUUUAGGUACCGCCUCCGGAAAACUGCUGAAAAAGGGACGGUGAUCAUGCGGCCUUACGGACAAUCUUGUCUGUCCUGCCAUGAUGAUCAGGAUAUUUUCUACAUGGCGGGGUUUUCCGAAGACGUAGUGGACCGCACACUGCUACAGUUAUUUAAGAAGAUCCGGAAAAACUGUUAUGGAGAAGAGCAAGAUGGGAGUGACGUUCCAGUCUGUGACAUCGUGAGGAAGACCAAACCCCACAAGAAGGAACUCUGUGAGGCCUGCCAUCAGGGUAUCUGUUGCUUGGAGGAAUAAAAAGUGUUUGUAUGUGUAUGUGUGUGUGUGUGUGUGUGUGUGU